AUGGCUAUUCGCAAUGUGCUCAACGGAAAAUUUCUCAACCGGAGCUCCGUUACCGGAGCAAGGUUCAUGUCUUCGUGGUUCAGAAACAUCGAACAGGCUCCCAAGGAUCCGAUCCUCGGAGUUACCGAAGCUUUUCUCGCUGAUCAGAGUCCGAACAAAAUCAAUGUCGGAGUAGGUGCAUAUCGUGAUGACAACGGAAAGCCGGUGGUUUUGGGAUGUGUUAGAGAAGCAGAGAAGAAAAUUGCAGGAAACGAAUUCAUGGAGUAUCUUCCUAUGGGUGGAAGCUUACAUAUGGUUCAAGAAUCACUGAAGCUGGCAUAUGGAGAGAACUCUGAGUUCAUCAAGGAUAAAAGAAUUGCUGCAGUUCAGGCUUUAUCUGGGACUGGUGCAUGUCGACUUUUUGCUGCAUUUCAACAGCGCUUUCAUCCCAACUCCCAAAUCUAUAUACCAGUUCCCACCUGGUCCAACCACCAUAACAUUUGGAGAGAUGCUGGAGUGCCUAUAAAGACAUACCGUUACUAUCAUCCUGAGUCUAAAGGACUAGAUUUUUCUGGACUGCUGGAGGACAUUAAGAAUGCUCCCAAUGGUUCCUUCUUUCUGCUUCAUGCUUGUGCUCACAAUCCUACUGGGGUAGAUCCUUCAGAAGAACAGUGGCGAGAGAUCUCUUCCCAAAUCAAAGCUAAAGGUCAUUUCCCUUUGUUUGACAUGGCAUAUCAAGGUUUUGCUAGUGGCAAUCCAGAGAGAGAUGCAAAAGCCAUCAAGAUUUUUCUCGAUGAUGGUCAUUCAAUAGGACUUGCUCAGUCAUUUGCAAAAAAUAUGGGACUGUAUGGCCAGAGAGUAGGAUGCCUUAGCUUGCUUUGCGAAGAUGAGAAACAAGCUGUGGCAGUAAAAAGUCAGUUGCAGCUGAUUUCCAGACCCAUGUACAGUAAUCCACCUGUUCAUGGAGCACUUGUUGUUUCAACUGUCCUUGGUGAUCCGGAGUUGAAGAAGCAAUGGCUCACAGAAGUUAAGGUUAUGGCAGACCGCAUCAUUGGAAUGAGGACUGCACUACGAGAGAACUUGGAAAAUCUGGGUUCUCCUUUGCCAUGGAAGCACAUAACCAAUCAGAUUGGCAUGUUCUGCUACAGUGGUAUGACACCAGAACAAGUUGAUCGUUUGACAAGCGAGUUUCAUAUUUACAUGACUCGUAAUGGUCGUAUAAGUAUGGCUGGUAUUAAUUCGGGCAACGUUGGAUAUGUGGCUAACGCAAUCCAUGAGGUUACAAAAUAG